GGCCGUUUUUGACAGGUAGAGACGGCUGGGACUCGACACCGGCGCUCCAAUAUUUUUGACUGGAGUUGUCUUAGAUCGUAACGAUCCCUUCCCGAUCGACGAAACUAAGUUUUAAACAUGUCAAUGCAUUUAUAUCACAUGAGCACUAAGCUGCUCGGUGACACUGUGGGCAAAAUGAACGACAACCUAACGUCUUGGGUCCUGGCUGCUUCUGUUGUUACGCUCACGUUGGGAUAUUUUUACAGCAAAAUGCAUAGACAGAUUUCUGACAAGAAUGUGAAAUGUCCACCUUACAUCCCUUCCUGUGUCCCCUUUCUAGGACAUGCUGUUGCAUUUGGCAAAAGUCCCAUUGACUUUUUGGAAAAUGCCUAUGAAAAAUAUGGACCGGUGUUCAGCUUCACCAUGGUAGGCAAAACCUUCACGUAUCUUCUGGGAAGCGACGCUGCUUCAUUGCUCUUCAACAGCAAGAACGAAGACCUCAACGCCGAGGACGUCUACUCCCGACUCACCACGCCGGUCUUCGGCAAAGGAGUUGCAUAUGACGUCCCCAACCCGAUCUUUCUGGAGCAAAAGAAGAUGCUGAAGACGGGCCUGAACAUUGCUCACUUCAGGGAACACGUCAAGAUCAUCGAGGCAGAGACCAUCGAUUAUUUUCAGAGAUGGGGAGACAGGGGCCAGAGAAACCUGUUCGAAGCGCUGUCCGAGCUCAUUAUCCUGACAGCCAGUAGCUGCCUCCACGGAAAGGAAAUCCGCGGCCUGUUGAAUGAGCAUGUGGCUCAGCUCUACGCUGACCUGGAUGGAGGCUUCAGUCACGCCGCCUGGCUGCUGCCCGGAUGGCUGCCGCUCCCCAGCUUCAGAAAGCGGGACAAAGCUCACCGGGAGAUCAAGAACAUCUUCUUCAAGGUGAUCCAAAAGCGAAGAAGCUCAGAGGAGAAAGUGGAUGACAUCCUGCAGACACUCAUGGACGCCACCUACAAGGACGGACGGCCUCUGUCGGACAACGAGAUUGCCGGCAUGCUGAUCGGCCUCCUGCUGGCUGGUCAGCACACGUCGUCAACCACCAGUGCUUGGUUGGGUUUCUUCCUGGCCAGGGACAAAGCCAUACAGCAACGCUGCUUCACUGAGCAGAAGGCCGUGUGUGGCGACCACCUGCCCCCUUUCCACCUGGAUCAGCUGAAGGACCUCAGCCUUUUGGAGCGUUGUUUGAAGGAGACUCUGAGGUUGCGACCACCCAUCAUGACCAUGAUGAGGAUGGCUCGCUCUACUCAGACUGCAUCAGGUUUCACCAUCCCUGCGGGACACCAAGUGUGCGUCUCCCCGACCGUCAAUCACCGACUGCACGACACGUGGCGUGAGAGGACACAGUUUGACCCCGACCGCUACCUCCAUGACAACCCUGCUGCCGGCGAGAAGUUUGCCUAUGUGCCUUUUGGAGCCGGGAGACAUCGCUGCAUCGGGGAGAACUUUGCCUACGUGCAGAUCAAAACCAUCUGGUCCACAUUGUUGCGCCUGUACGACUUCGACCUGGUUGACGGAUACUUUCCCACCAUCAACUACACCACAAUGAUACACACACCCCACAACCCCAUCAUCGCAUACAAAAGAAGGAAACACUGAGGACUUGGAAGCGAACAUCAGUUUCAUGUAAAAUGGACCACUAAUUCAGCAUCAGUACUGUGAGGAAGCUGAUUUGCAAUCAUGCCACCUUCUAUGAAUUUCAGUCCUACAAUAAAGAAAAUUGCUGUUCGUUCUCUGAAAUUGUCCGAAAAAAGGCCACCUUUGUUCUUCGCAUAGAAUGUAUUGUGAGAUUGAGACGAUGUUGCAUUGUGUCUUCUUCCUACUUCUCUGAAAUGUAAAUACAAAAUGACGUUUGUAAGUGCUGACAGAUCUGACAAAUACAAAUAAAAGUGAGUCUUUUGUAA